AUGAAUAGUGAACUCAUCAAGGUCAACUGCUUGCUUGCUAAACUCACCAAAUCACAACAAUACACAAAAACCCUCCAAUUGUUCCACCAAAUUCAGUCUUCCCAAUAUCUGAAACCUGAUCAGUAUACCCUCUCUACCACCCUCACCGCCACUGCCAAUCUCCGUGAUGUUGCUGCCGGGAACCAGGUCCACGCCCAUGUUAUCCGGACAGGUUUUAAAAUAUACCCACAUGUAGCCAACACUCUGCUCUUCCUCUAUGCAAAAUCAAUGGAUUUGGUUUCGGUGAAACGGGUUUUUGAUGAGAUAAAAAUCCCAGAUGUAUAUUCAUGGACGACGCUAUUGUCUGCAUGCACAAACCUUGGGGAGGUUGAAUAUGCAUGCCACCUGCUCGAUCAAAUUCCCCAAAGAAACGAAGCUGUGUGGAAUGCAGUUAUCACGGGCUGCGCAGAUAAUGAGCACUCAAAUAUUGCAUUGGAUAUGUUUCAAAGAAUGCAUUUGUUGGGUAUCAGGCACGACAAUUACAGUUUUGCUAGUGUUUUGAGCUUGUGUUCUUCAGAAUUAAUCAACUUUGGUAGGGAAGUGCACUCACUGGUUAUCAAGACUGGGUUCUUGGUUAGAUCUUCAGUCAAGAAUGCUUUGAUUACUAUGUAUUUUAACUUUGGAAGUGCUAAUCAAGCAUACGAUGUUUUCGAAGAAACAGAAGAGCUGGGUCAUGAUCAGAUUACUUAUAAUGCAAUGAUAGCUGGUCUGGUGAGCUUGGGAAGAGAUGAAGAUGCCUUCAUGAUGUUCAAAAACAUGCAAAAAGUCGGUCACUGGCCAACUGAACGGACUUUUGUGAGCGUUAUGAGUUCAUGUUCUUGUGGAAUAACCGCCAUACAACUUCACGCCAAUGCCAUUAAGACGGGUUUUGAAGAUUUCAAUGCUGUAAGUAAUACAACAAUCACCAUGUAUUCUGCUUGUGGGGAUUUGCAGGCAGCGCGCAUGGUUUUCGAGAAAUUGGAAGCGAAGGAUCGUGUCUCGUGGAACACCAUGAUCACAAGCUAUGCUCAAGAAAAUCUUUCUAGAGAUGACGCCAUUGUGAUCUACUUGCAGAUGCAGCACCAAGGAAUCGGACCAGAUGAAUUCACCAUUGGAAGCCUGCUAGCAACCUUGGAUUCAAUGGUAUGUGUCGAGAUGAUUCUUGCCAUCGUGAUUAAAUACGAUCUUAUUUCGAAAACUGAAGUGUCCAACGCCUUGAUUUCCACCCUUUCUAGACUCGGUGCAUUAGAGGAUGCAUAUACCAUCUUCACCGAAAUGAAUUCCAAGAAUUUGAUAUCAUGGAAUUCAAUGAUUUCCGGCUUUCACUCAAACGGGUGUUCAGUAAUCGGCUUAGAACUAUUCUCCGAGAUGCUUAUAUCAGAUUUAACUCCAGAUGUUUACACAUUGAACAUUGUUUUAAGCAUAUGUGCCACCAUUUUAGCCUUCAGAAACGGCAAAGAAAUCCAUGGAUACGUACUCAAAUUCCAUUAUUUACACGAACCCUCAUUAGGGAAUGCACUUAUUGCUUUAUACGCAAAAUGUGGGAUUCUAGAUUGGUCCAUAAAGGUGUUCAAGUCGAUGAUCUACAAAGAUGUCGUUUCUUGGAAUUCGAUGAUUUCUGCUUACGGAAACCAUGGAAGAGGGGAGGAUGCAGUUUUGUGUUUUGAGGAGAUGCAAAAAUCUGAAGGGGUCAAAGUGGAACCAGACCAUACCACCUUUACUACAGCUCUGACGGCCUGCAGUCACGCAGGCCUGGUUGACCAUGGAGUUGAAAUAUUCAACUCCAUGGUCAACAAGUAUGGUCUAGAACCAGAGAUUGACCAUUUUUCUUGCAUUGUUGACCUUCUGGGACGAGCAGGUUUUCUUGAUGCAGCGGAAAACCUAAUGAAGAGCGGUCGUUUUAACGUGCAUUCUAGUAUCUGGUGGAAUUUGUUCAGUUCAUGUGCGGCUCAUGGUGAUUUUAGAUUAGGAAGGAUCGUUGCUGGAUUUCUGCUCGAAUUGGAAGAAGAUAAGUCGGGAGUUUAUGUGGUUUUGUCGAAUAUUCUUGCGAAUGCAGGAUACUGGGAAGAGGCGGCGGAUAUGAGGGAGAUGAUGAAGAGCUAUGGAGUUGUGAAGCAACCUGGAUAUAGUUGGAUCAGAUCUUAGAACCAUAUUGUAACUGUUGUUUGGUUCGCAAAA